GCUAAUUGCAACACUAAGCAUUUCAGUAAGCAAGAUUUUUUCACCUUUGUUUACUGCAAGAAAACUCACUGAAAGGAAAAGCAGCAGAAAAUGGCCAAAGAAGAAAGUAAGAAAGACUCUCUCAGAAUGAAUAUGAAGGGUUGCACUAACAAUGGAUUUGUACAAAAUGAGCCAGUCAUAGAAAGGGAAAUUGACAGCAACCAGGCAGAUCCACUGAAGACAAGUGAUGUUGACAUCCCUUUCCAAGAGCUGGACCCUACAAUUAUCAAGCCCUAUGCAGGGAUGCCCAAAGAAGUCCUGCUUCUAUACUCAAGCCAAGCGAGGUACAGAGUCACCCGAGAGAUCCUCUUCUGGCUCAUCAUUGCAUCGGUUCUUGUGCUCAUAGGUGUAACUAUUGCAAUUAUUAUCCUGUCUCCAAAGUGUCUUGACUGGUGGCAAAUCAGUCCUAUAUACCAGAUCUACCCUCGUUCUUUUAAGGACAGCAAUCAGGAUGGCAAUGGUGAUCUGAAAGGUAUAAAAGAGAAACUUGACCAUAUCAUAAAUUUAAACAUAAAGAAUGUGUGGAUUACUUCUUUUUAUAAAUCAUCUGUUAAAGAUUUCCGAUAUGGUGUUGAAGAUUUCCGAGAAAUUGAUCCUAUUUUUGGAACAAUGAGAGAAUUUGAGAAUCUUGUUGCAGCUAUACAUGACAAAGGUUUGAAGCUAAUAUUGGAUUUUAUACCAAAUCACACAAGUGAUAAUCAUAUUUGGUUUCAAUUGAGUCGGAAUCGGACGGGAAAAUAUACAGAUUAUUACAUCUGGCAUAAUUGUACACGAGAAGGUAACAGCACCAAACUACCUAAUAACUGGUUGAGUGUCUAUGGAAACUCUAGUUGGCAGUAUGAUGAUGUGCGGAAUCAAUGUUAUUUUCACCAAUUCACAAAAGAGCAACCUGAUUUAAAUUUCCGGAAUCCUGAUGUGCAGGAGGAAAUAAAGGAAAUUAUACGGUUUUGGCUUGGAAAGGGUGUUGAUGGAUUUAGUUUUGAUGCCGUUAAAUUUCUCCUAGAAGCAACACAUCUGAGAAAUGAACCUCAAGUGGAUAAAAAUCAAAUUCUGGUGACAAACUACUCUGAGCUGUAUCAUGACUAUACCACCACCCAAAUUGGGAUGCAUGACAUUCUCCGCAGUUUUAGGCAGACCAUGGACCAGUUCAGCAGGGAGCCUGGUAGAUACAGAUUUAUGGGAACUGAAGCAAGAAACCAGGAAGACAUUGAAGAAACCAUGAUGUACUAUGGAGAGCCUUUUGUCCAAGAAGCAGAUUUUCCCUUCAAUUUUUACCUCACAGAAAUGAAUGUUCUCUCUGGAACCAAGGUAUUUGAAGUUGUAGAAUCCUGGAUGAAGAACAUGCCAGAAGGAAAAUGGCCCAAUUGGAUGAUCGGAGGACCUGAUAUUGUUCGGUCAUCUUCUCGUUAUGGAAAAGACUACGUCAAUGUCAUGAAUAUGCUAAUCUUAACACUUCCUGGGACACCUAUAACUUAUUAUGGUGAAGAAAUAGGAAUGGAAAAUCUUUUAAAAGCAGAUGUAAAUGAAAGCUAUGAUAUUACCACCCUGUUUUCAAAGUCUCCAAUGCAGUGGGACAACAGCUCCAAUGCUGGGUUUAGUGAAGGCAACCAAACCUGGUUACCCAUCAAUACAGAUUACCAAGUUCUGAAUGUUGAGGUUCAGAAGACUCAAGCCACUUCCCCGCUAAAGCUGUAUCAAGAACUAAGUGCCCUGCGCCUCAAUGAGCUGCUUCUUAGCCGUGGAUGGCUGUGCUACCUUUGGCACGAUGCUAACGUUGUGGUAUACAUGAGAGAACUUGACGGUUUAGACAGAGUCUUUACCAUGGUGCUGAAUUUUGGAGACACAGCAGUAGUGAAUUUGCAGGCUCUUUCUAUAGGACUCCCAGAAAAAGCAAGCAUCAAGCUGAGCACCAUACCCACUGACCGAGGUGAGACUGUGACCACGAACGCAGUGACAGCCAGAAAGGGGGAAGGACUCAUUCUGGAGCACAAAAUGCCUAAACUCCUGCACCAUCAAGAAGCCUUCAAAGACAAGUGUCUUGUUUCAAGCAAAGCAUGUUAUUCUAGCUUCUUAAAUAUCUUAUAUGAUGCCUGCUGAGAUACUGUCAUCGGUUGUUUGGGUCUCAGACUGCCGCAGUCAUUUCACCUGUAGCUCGACAAUGAAUGUGACCAAUUUUAAUUUUUAAGUAUUUCUACAAAUUGAAUUUAGGUGAAAAGUUAUGCAAUACUCUUAAGAUAUAAUAAAUACAGAAAACCAUAUGUAAAAA